AUGCAAAAAAAAAAUAAUGAUACAGUGAACAAAACUGGUAACAAGGGUUUUUUUUCAGGAACAACUAGAAAAGUUGACCUGGCGAGACUGGCUGCUCAUCCAGAUGAAAUCUACGAACUGCUGGAUGAAAUUGAUUCCGAUUUGAAAAUUGAACUCGGAGAUAAUGAUGACGAUUGGGUACCGUCUGAAGAGGAGAAUUUGUCUGUACAAGAUGAUGAGAUUGAAGAAAGUGAUAAAUCUGAUGAAAGUGAAGACGAAAAUGCUUCUGCAGUUUCCAGUACUGUACAAAAUCUCCAAAAAUCAUCAAUGCUAAAUUGGGGUAGAACUAAUCCAUUUAAAAAUGAAAAUAUACCUGAAACAAUACUUCCAGAUCCCACUGAAGUUUUAACACCAUGGUGUUACUUUGAAAAGUAUUUAGGAAACUCAUUUUUUCAACUGUGUGCAGAACGUACUGCACAAUUUUAUUUACAAAAACACGGAAGGGAACUUAAACCCAAAGUAACUCCUGAAGAAAUAAAAAAAAUUUUUGGGAUCCAUGCAGUGAUGGGUUGUUUAAAAUUCCCUCGAAUUCAUUUAUAUUGGAGCAGUCGCUUUAAACUUCCUGUAAUUGCGGAUGCAAUUCCAAGAGAUAGGUUGUACCUCUUGAGAGUCAAUCUUCAUAUUGUGGAUGUAUGCACGGUAACAGAAGAGAUUAAAAAAAAUAAUCGUCUGUGGAGAGUUCAGCCAAUGAUCGAUUUAGUCAGAAGCCGAUGUCGGGAAUUAAAGAAAGAAUCUGAAGCUGAAUUCUCAAUAGACGAACAGAUGAUUCCGUUUCUUGGUCGAUGUGCUUUUCGGCAAUAUGUAAAAAAUAAACUAAGACCUGUGGGUUUAAAAAAUUUCGUUUUAUCAAAAAGUGAUGGUACUGUCCUAGAUUUUGAAAUAUAUCAAGGAACAAGUACCAAUUUACGAAAUAAAGAACUGGGACUCGGACCUUGUGGCAUCUUGGUUCAUGCUUGA